AUGUUGAACAUUUCAUACACAUCAACGCCGACACCCUCAUUAUCUGUGGCCGCAAUUGGCACUGAGACUUCUGGAAGCAUUACCAGCCCUGCUGAGUUUAGCAAUGUCAUUGGGUUGAAGCCUGCUCGAGGUCUUAUUGCAAACGAUGGCACUAUUCCUAUCUCUGUCCGACAGGAUAUCAUCGGAACUAUCACACGCAAUGUCAAAGACGCCGCAUAUCUUCUAAGUGCAAUGGCUGGUCGGAGCGAGCACGACGAGAUGACCUGGAAUAUUCCACAGGACCAAGCAUCAGAUUAUACUGAAUUUUGCAAAGGAACUGACCUGAGUGGAAUUAGUAUCGGUAUCCCUAGGAACACUUUUGAGGCGAAUAAGGAUUCUCCAGUUGGCGGUGCAUUUGAGAUUGCCUUGCAAUCUUUGAGUUCUGCUGGUGCAACGAUAGUUGAUAAUGCGGACUUCCCGGCUGCUGAGGAAUUCACGAAGCUGAACGAACAAGUUAAGGGUAUCGUUCGAUCAUCGGAGCUCCGAAGGGACUUCUCCCGGUAUAUACAAACACUCGAAACAAACCCCAACAGUAUCGGCUCUACGGAAGAUCUUAUUGAGUUUACCAAAACACACCCGGAAGAGGAGUAUCCAGAGAGAGAUAUCGGCAAGUUUCUAUGGACUCAAGCCGAGGGGAUUGACGUGGACAGCGACAAGUAUACUGAAAUGGUACAGCAAGAGCGUUACUUUGGGGGAUCAGGUGGUAUUCUAGGAGCUAUGGAGAAGUACCACGUCGAUCUUUUCGUCGUUCCAUCAUACUGGGGUAUUGCAAAUGAUCUUGCGGCAAAGAUAGGGUCCCCUGUGAUUUCCAUUCCACUAGGAUACUUUCCCGAAGGCACUCCUGUUGAGCUUGACCAAGGGCUAGUCGUUCAGGCGCCUGGAAUGCCAUUUGCUUUGACUCUUCUUACCAAGGCAUUCUCAGAUGGAGUUCUCCUUGAGGUGGCUUAUGCGUUCGAACAACUGAACUCCGUUCGCAACCGUGAACCAGCGCCGAUCAAACUUCCUCUAACAGAGUUGAGAGAUGUCCAAUAUGAGGUUGGGAAGAUAUAG